AUCGAUGAACUUUUAUCAGAAGUUAGUAUCGAUUUUUCUAAAACUGAAAGCUUAGAAAAUUUAUUAGAUAAAUUAAAAGAGAAAUUCGAAAAAAUUUAUGACAAACCCGACCUUUCGAUCGCAGAUGCAAAAUCUGUACUAUUGAAAAACCAUGGAAUAAUUAUCCCAUUCCCAGAUCCACAACCUUCUGAUGAUGUAAAAUAUAAAUUUGGAUUUAAGAAACCGACAGCCUUUUACUUGGUUGGUAGUUAUCCAUUAAAGAAUGUUGUGCGCUGUCGAAAUGGAUUUAGUGUAGACGUAGUGGUCAUUAUGCCAAAGUAUCUUGCUGUAUUAUCCGCUGCUUUGCAAGACAAGAAUUCGACAUUGAACGUAAAAGUAGAGUUUGGCGCACUUGAUGGAGAUAGGCAUCGCCCAACUAAUUUAUUAAAGAUAGCUCUGAUACCGAAUUUUCUGUUUACCUUGUAUUCCAAUGGAUGUCAAAUUUCUAAACAACAAUCCACUGAUUCCCUUCCGUCAACACCGCAAUACAAUCCUACCAUAUUAAAGACAUGUAUAGGUGGUGAUGAAGAUAGGUGGAGUGGAUUCAAUGCAUUUGUAUGGAAGAUGUUGAUGUGCUAUUUAUUACAUGGUGGAGGUGUAAACGGAGGAAAGAAAUUGGCUAAUGGGUAUAGUUCUUAUCAAUUAAUUAAGGGAACUAUGGAUUUUUUGG